GGGGGCCGUGCGGGCAGGAAUGUUGUUGCUGUCACAGGGAGCUUCAGCGGAGAAACUUUUGCAGACAAAACAUGACAGCCAGGCGUGUUUAACGGCGCUUAGCAGAGCCGAUAGGCCAGAAGUAUCCAGAUGCUGAGAGAUGUACUCUAAGGUCCCUGGCAUCGCCAUGCCAUAUGAGAUUCCUGAGUUUGGACAAGUUGGCGACUACAACUUGGCAAGUUUUUAAACUACAGAACCAUCAUGUUAUAUCUUCAUAAAGUCAAACCACACCUCUGCUACUGUCUUGAUUUAAGCCUGAAAGUCAUCAUUGAACUUUAGGGGCCUGCUGCACUGUCUCCUUCAGAACAAUGAAUAUUGACGACAAAUUGGAAGGUAUUCUUCUUAAAUGUACGGAUACUGCAACAAUGCAGUCUUCCAGAGGUCUGGUGUCGUUGCAACAGCCAUUAGGGGGCAAAGUGGGAAGCCUGGAUACUGGACUGGGAGACAGGGGUCUCUCACAUGAUGACAUUCUGGACAAAGAUCAUGGGGAAAUACAGGGUAAUCAACUUAUCCCACAUGAUGAAUUAAUGGUUCAUGAGGAAACUGUGAAAAAUGACGAGGAAGACCCAGAAAUGCAUGAUAAACUGUCCCAGGAUUUGCCAUAUGCCAUGCAUUUACCAGUUAAUGUUAAACAAGAAAAGAAAGUGUCAGAUGAACCAGUACAGACGAAAAAAGAUAAGAAAUUAGCAAGAGAUGUUGUAGAUGCCCAGAAAAAGAAAAAAAGAAAACAACGAUCCCCUGCAAAGAUUCUUACAAUAAAUGAAGAUGGGUCACUUGGUCUUAAAAGUCCGAAGUCUCAUGUGUGUGAGCACUGCAAUGCUGCCUUCCGAACCAACUACCAUUUGCAGAGACAUGUGUUCAUCCAUACAGGUGAGAAGCCAUUUCAGUGCAGCCAGUGUGAUAUGCGUUUCAUCCAGAAGUACCUUCUGCAAAGACAUGAAAAGAUUCAUACUGGUGAGAAACCAUUUCGCUGUGAUGAAUGUGGUAUGAGGUUCAUACAAAAAUACCACAUGGAGAGGCAUAAAAGAACUCAUAGUGGAGAAAAGCCUUAUCAGUGUGAAUACUGUCAUCAGUAUUUUUCAAGGACUGAUCGAGUACUAAAGCACAAACGCAUGUGUCAUGAAAACAGGGAUAGAAAAUCCAAUAAAGCUAAAACGGGAUUAUUGGGACCUGAAGAUGAUCCAAGCUUCUCACAAUCUCAGAAAGAAUCCUCCCAGCCAAAGAAAAAAAGGCAGAAAACUGGAGAAAAGCAAAGAACUCACACAGCCCUUUCCAGUAAAGAAGGCAGUGAAGGAAAACAAGAUCCGAAAAAUUUAAAGAAUGACUAUCUGCCUUUGUAUGCAAUUGCCUCCAAAGUCAAAGAUGAGUAUAUGGUGGCAGAGUAUUCAGUUGAGUUGCCGCAUUCUUCGGUUACUGGAGGACAGCUAGGUGAAUCAUCUUCUGAGGACAUACAUCCUCCAAAACUGGUCCUAAAAAAGGUAACCAACAAAAGAAAUCCCAAGCAGUCUUUGGAGCACAGUCAAAGCCUUUCACCUCUAUCUUCUUUUGAUGAAGGUAAAGUUUCAAAAUAUUCUUUUGACCUUGUGGACAAACAAGGACUUCUUGACUCAGAGACCACUAGUGACAUGGAUCAGGUAGAUGCCCUACAAGAGGGUCCAAGUAAGCCUGUGGCAAGUAGUACCAAUUAUGAUGAUGCCAUGCAGUUUUUAAAAAAAAAGAGGUACUUGCAGGCAGCCACUAAUACCAGUAGGGAUUAUGCUCUUAAUGUGGGAACAAUUGCUUCUCAGCCCUCUGUCACUCAAGCAGCUGUUGCCAGUGUCAUUGAUGAUAGUUCUGCUGCCUCAAUUUUGGAUACACAGACAUUAAAUGUUGAAAUUAAAUCAAGCCAUGACAAGAAUGUGAUUCCGGAUGAGGUCCUUCAGACACUUUUAGAUCACUAUUCAAACAAAGCAAAUGGACAGCAUGAAAUAUCUUUCAGUGUGGCAGAUACAGAAGUGACUUCCAGUAUAUCAAUUAACUCUACUGAUGUUCCUGAAGUUACACAAGCUGAGACCGUACUUACGACGUCCCAAGCACCUUCAACAGAAAAAGCCAGCAUGCUUCAGGAAUAUUCCAAAUUUCUGCAGCAAGCCUUGGACAGAACUAGCCAGAAUGAUGCCUAUUUAAAUAGCCAGAGCCUUAUUUUUGUUUCUGAGAACCCGGCCCUUGCAAGCCAGCCUUUGUUUUCUACAUUAGAUAAGCAGUAUACUUUGUCUAACCGAUCCGCCUUUCGUUCUGGAAUGAAUUCUCCAUUAAGGUCCACUUCAGAGAAGUCACAUUUUGGACUUUUGGUUGGGGAAUCCCAGCACUCAUUUUCAUUUUCAGGGGAUGAAGCCAAUCAUUCUGCUGUUACUCCUACAGAAGAUUUUUUAGAGCAUGUGACUGCCUCAAAAAAGGCUGACACUCAACAGAUCCAUCAGGCCUUUCAGAUAGGUACAUUUGAACAGAGCUUCAGACCUCAGUUUCAGAGUUCAAGACCUACUAUUUCAGCCCAGUUCAGUGCCACAAAUGGACAAGUGAACUUGCGCAAUCAUACAGCAAACAAUGAUUUCUCUGAAUUCCCUCUGGUUAAUGUAACUGAAAGCCGAAUACAAAUGACUUCUUCACCAGAUACCACCAGCAGUCAAACAUUUGGCUAGAAAAUGUUUUUCUAAAUUAUAAAGGCACUUUACAGUCACCAUUUCUAGAUGCUUGGGAUGCGUUUUAGGUGAUAGAUCUUACUGAAAUUUAUUGGUGAAUGCUGAUUUUCAUUGAUAAGCAAAGUGAACGUUGAUAUGUGGAAUUCUUACUUUAAUCUUAAUAUUUCAGCCUAUACUGUACCCAAUUUCAGGGACUAGAGAUACUUAUAACUUCAUCUCAUACUUUGUGUUCUGGCAUGCCUUUCUUUAAAAUUUGUUUACUGCAGGGUUGAAUAACCUUGAAUUUUUUUUUUUUUUUUAAUACACAAAAUUACUUAUGGAGAUAUGGUUGCAGUAUUUGCCUUCUUCAUUCGCUUUUAACUGUUUCCUUGGCCAAUUACUGUUUAUACUUAUUUAUAUCAGUGGUGAAACCUUUUCAAUAAGUUGUCUGUUUGUCGGUGUGUUGAUUUUCUUGUGGCGUUUUCCUACCAGUGAUUGAAACUUUCUCAAACUUUGAAUUCAGUUUUAAUCAGGAUUUUGCUAAAUUUAGUUAUUUUUGGAAAUAUCAAAGUAUGGUGUGUCGUGAGUGACCUCUAAAGACCAUACACUUAAUCUAUUCAUUGUCUGAACCCCCUCAUUCCAGUCCUGGGCACUAAUACGUAAAGCUGCUUUGAAAAAUUAUAACAGGCAUAAAAACUAGAAUUUUAGGGCAACACCCAGUGAGAUGUUUUAUAUGGCUUAUAUACAAAAUUAAUUUAAACACGUCACCUACAAAUACAUUUUUGAUUUCUAUACUUUUAUUUACAAUAAGGAACAGAAUAUUUGUCAUAUUAUGUGUGUGUUUGGGGACUUGGAAAGCUAUAGGUCUGCUUUUAUGUUACUGUUUUAGAGACCAAAAAUCACUGUCACUAAAUGAGACUCCAAGACUGGCUUAUGAAAUAUUUUAUAUUUUCCGCAGUGUACUGUUUAUCAUGCAGGUACAAAGGAAAAAACACAAUACAACUUUUGUAAAAAUUCUCCACAUAAAUUUCAUGUAUGUUAACAUUAUAGACAGUGCAUGCACACAUCACUGAUAUCUGAUUUGUUGUGCUACACCUGUAUGUUCUCCAAACUGUUCCUGUGUUAUUUGCCUAGAUUAUGAAAUCAUUCUGAGUCUCAUAUUUUUGCUUAUUUGUUUCAUAUUGUUUGUCUGAUAAAUACAUUCAAAUUAAUAAUAUAUAAAUAACAUAAUUUAUUUUUUAAAAGUAAUUU